AUGGGCGUAAGGCCCUCCUGGAGGAACCCCUACCAGCCAGAAGCCGGUGAGGGUAAAGGGAGGGCUCCGGAGAGCGAGGCGGGGCUGCUGGAGGCCAAGGGCUUACGGCAAGAACACACGCCCCUCGCCACGGCCGCAGCCAGCCAGAAGCCGGAGAGGGUCAAGGGGAGGGCUCCGGAGAGCGAGGCGGGGCUUCUGGGAGAGAACCCGCCUACAGAACGCCUUCUCUGGGCAGAGAAAGAGACCGGGGAAGUUGAAAAAGGCGGAAGAAGAAGAGGAGGAAGAAGUAUUAGAAGAAGAUCAAUCUCCCUCCUCUCCUCCCUCGUCUAUCUCCCCAUCCUCCAAGCCAGCCAGGCCCCGGGUCGUCCAGCCCGGCAGAAGUCCCAGGGAGGUGUGGGGUCGGUGGGCAGACCACGGCGCAGGGAGGGGGCCCACCUCCCCACCACCAAGGAGCUGGCUAAGAGACAGCGAUUACCGAGCGUAGAGAACAGACCCAAGAUCUCUGCCUUCCUGCCUGCCAGACAGCUCUGGAAGUGGUUUGGGAAUCCCACACAGAGGCGUGGUAUGAAAGGGAAGGCUAAGAAGCUGUUCUACAAGGCCAUCGUGCGUGGGAGAGAGAUGAUUGGUAUCGGGGACUGCGCCGUGUUCCUUUCGGCCGGCCGACCCAACCUGCCCUUCAUAGGGAAGAUCCAGAGCAUGUGGGAGAGCUGGGGAUCCAACAUGGUGGUCAGAGUCAACUGGUUUUAUCACCCGGAGGAGACCAACCCUGGCAAGAAACUACACGAUAAGAAGAACUGGGAUCAGAUGUCUGGUCAGUCUCUUCCUUCAUCUCUGCUCUCCUCUAAUCAGAGGAAAGACUUCAUGGAGCGGGCUCUGUACCAGUCGUCCCACAGCGAUGAGAACGAUGUCCAGACGGUCAGUCACAAGUGUCUAGUGGUCAGCGUGUCGGAGUACGAAACCAUGACUCUGACGCGUCGCUACGCCGACAGCCAAGACCUGUACUACCUGGCCGGGACAUACGAACCCACCACGGGUAUGAUCUACAACACGGACGGAGUCCCCAUCAUCUGAUGGACGACACGCUAACGACACCAGACCCUGACCUUGACCCGACCAACGCCAAGGUCGAUCCGGUCAACUCAUAACGUUUGAUCCAACGAACGAAGACCACCUGAGAGAGACUACAGACCGUAUUCAGCUCAUAACGUUUGAUCCAACGAACGAAGACCACCUGAGAGAGACUACAGACCGUAUUCAGCUCAUAACGUUUGAUCCAACGAACGAAGACCACCUGAGAGAGACUACAGACCGUAUUCAGCUCAUAACGUUUGAUCCAAACGAACGAAGACCACCUGAGAGAGACUACAGACCGUAUUCAGCUCAUAACGUUUGAUCCAACGAACGAAGACCACCUGAGAGAGACUACAGACCGUAUUCAGCUCAUAACGUUUGAUCCAAACGAACGAAGACCACCUGAGAGAGACUACAGACCGUAUUCAGCUCAUAACGUUUGAUCCAACGAACGAAGACCACCUGAGAGAGACUACAGACCGUAUUCAGCUCAUAACGUUUGAUCCAAACGAACGAAGACCACCUGAGAGAGACUACAGACCGUAUUCAGCUCAUAACGUUUGAUCCAAACGAACGAAGACCAC